GUCCCACUAUCCCAGUUCAGUCCCCAAUACGAUAUGAAAUUGAUACUUAACCCAACAUAAACAUAUAAAACUGGGGGUAAAUGUGCAGCAGCUUUCAAGCAAUACCAUAUUCCCCAUCACAAACUAUGAAAUAUGGUAUCACUACUAACAGCAUAAGGCCACAUGAAAAGACUUUGCAAGCGGACUUGGUGUGCCUAAGACUUGUCUUCAGUCAUCAUUCGUGUCGUUCCGAAAGCUCUAAAAGUCACAUUUAGACACCAAGAUCUGGAAACCUAACCUUGCACUUAAGAUAUCCAGGCUUCACUUUAUUUG